AUGUCCUCCCUCGUCCGACCGUUCCAAAAUGCGCUCGCUGGCCCGUCCAAAAUCGCCCGCCCGGCCGCGCACCAACUGCACACCUCCGCGCCUGCUCCCCUCGCCAAGGCCGGCCCGCUCUCCCCUCGCCCCGCGGAGGUCCCCGGGUUGUCGGGAAAGGGCGGAGCGCUUAGGAUGAUCAUGUUCGGAAAACCUGGUGCGGGCAAGGGCACGCUUUCCGGGCGGCUGGUGAAGAAGUACGAUCUUUUGAGUCUGUCGACGGGCGACCUGUUGAGGCAGCAUAUCGCCGAGAGGACGGAGGUCGGGUUGCUUGCGGAGAAGAUCGUCGCGAGUGGAGGGCUCAUUCCGGACGAUGUCAUGUUGAGGGUGCUCACGAGCAAGCUCGAUGGGUUGAGGGACAAGCACUGGAUCUUGGACGGCUUCCCGCGAACGCUCGGUCAGGGCAAGCUUCUCGACGAUCACUUGCGAGCACAAAACAUGCCGCUCAGCCUUGUUGUAAACCUCGACGUUCCCGACUCGAUCAUUCUCAACCGCAUCUCAGACCGCUGGGUUCACCUUCCAUCCGGACGUGUAUACAACAUGUCGUACAACCGCCCCAAGGUCGACGGCUUCGACGACGAGACGGGCGAGCCGCUCACCAAGCGUCCCGAUGACAACCCCGAGAUUUUCGCGCGCCGGCUGGAGCAGUUUUACGAGUCUACCUCGCCGUUGCUCGAUUUCUAUGCCGCACAACAGGCUAGUGCGCGGAGUGCGACGCAGCUCGUCACGCUCAGUGGUAACACCAGCGACGAGAUCUGGCCGCUGCUCGAGAAGGCUGUUACCCAUGCCGCACCGGGCUUGCGGAUGCGAGAAGAUGAGCGCCGUAGGGCGAGCAUUCAGGAGGCUAUGAUCCUUGGGGAUCGGAAGGCUGCGAAGAGCCCGUACGGACAGGGUCCGUUGUACGCUGUGAAGCUGUAA